AUGAAUUUAUCAAGCGAUCAAACGCUUCGAGUGGAGCAAAUCGCCACUAAAUUUCAAUCCCUUGAAAGGUAUGUGAAGGUGUUAGCGGAUUAUUUGAAAGACAACCCAAAUCCCACUAACGCUAAGUUACGACUUAAACGAGUCGAGAGCUUCUACGAUGAGUAUAGUCAGCUCAAUGAAGAGCUUUUCAAACUCCAACCAACGCAUGCUCUUAUCGAGUCAUUCCAAGAGCUAUCUAACCUUUAUUACGAGGUAGCAACUUCAACUACGGUAUUAUUUGAAGGACCUUCAGCUCAUUCUACCUUGAACAACAGCAACAUUACAAUCACCGAGCGGCAGGAUAGACCCAGACUUCCGGAUAUUACCAUAGAGAAAUUUGAUGGAUCGCGCAAGAAUUGGGCCAUAUUCAAAAGCAACUUUGUUACCCUCGUUCACAACCGAACCGACCUUAGCGAUGAUUUCAAGGCCGGACAACUUUUUUCCCUUUUAACUGGUAGUGCUCGUAGCAAAGUCCAGGAAUACGAUCCAUGUGCGGAUGACUAUGCCAAUGCGUGGCAAGCCUUGCUAGAUUCAUACGAUCACAAACGGAUUGUAGCUAAUCGUCACCUAAACGCGAUUCUGGAUCUUCCUAAGGUUAGGGGAGAUAGGAAUAGCAAGGGAGUGGCUCUCUCUGAUCUUUAUGACACCGCUCGUCAACAUCUCAAUGUCUUGAAGCGAAUUGACGCACAACCAAGCGACGAGAUUGUCGUGAGGAUCAUUGAGAGGUGCUUGCCCCCUUACCUCUUUGGGCGUUGGAAUGACAAAUUAGAAGUUAAUCAACUCCCUUCUCGAGAGUCUUUAUUCCAGUUCAUCCAGAAGGCAAUUUUCAAACAAGAAGCCUUUGAUGAAUCGAAUGAUUACUCAUCAAACUCCAGAAAACGUCCGGCUGGAUCUGCUAUAGAUACCUCUAACCCAAAAUCAAGGGCUAAAUCCUUAGUCACCACUACCUCUAAUGCAUCCACAUCACCAGCUCCUGCGUCCGUCAAUUUACCCUGUCCAAAAUGCAAGGGUACUCAUCGAUUGUUUAAGUGCGAUGCCUUCAAGUCUCUUGAAGUUCAAGAGCGUUGGAGAUUCGCAAAACAGAACGAUCUUUGCUUCAAUUGCCUUUGGAAACAUCCUCGCCCUUGUAGUAGCAAUAAACAUUGCAAACAUCAGGUUGAUAACAAGCCUUGUGGGAAGAAUCACCAUACAUUACUUCAUUCGGAUACAGGUUCCAAACCCAAGGGUAACAAAGAUACCUCAAGUUCCAAUACUCCACAAGCAUGA